UUAUUUAUAUGCUUUAAAUAAGUCGGUUCACUGUCUCAAGAGUCCGGCGCGUCCGGUGGCUCGGUCUUCUCUAUACAGGCAACGGCGGCCACCGGGCACCGGCGACGGCGAGUGCUCUCAACCAAUGCGGUGAGGCGAAGCGUCCUGAAUAUCCUUUCUCACGGAUAUUAUUCUCCUCGUUGUUUCCACCGUGUUCUUUGGCUCGGCUCAUUCGUCCGAUUCUCUCCGCACGCCACCAGGCAGCACACGCGCCCGUCGCCUGUUCGACGGAAUGCCCAAGGACGGCAACGUCGAGGAAAUGGAUGCGGACCCCGUCGACGGAGUGCCCAAGGACGGAGGAUCGUGUCAGAGCACAGGUUCUGGUGGAUAUAAGGCAUGGGUACUUGCGCAGUUGCGUCCACGACCGCUGCUGGCCUGGAUUUUGGAAGUUCACGCUUGCAGGGGCUACCAUCCUGGCAUUCUGCUAAGCUGCAUCUACUGUCUGCAACUCUGCAUCCUGAACGACCAAAGCCAGUGCCGUAUCAGGGGAAUGGAAUAGGAUCAGGCAGCUGAUUCGAGCUUCUAUUCUAUGUUUCUCAGUGAGUGCCACAAACUAGAGUACCUACUCAAGGUACUUACAUCAUAAGUAACAAGUGGUCUUGCUCUGCUCUGACUAUCAGCGGAGGGGUUUGGCACGGGGGCCUUCCAAAUAUGGCUGGACUUGAGGGUGCUUUAGCAUGUGGACUGUUGACAGUUGCAGGAAACAAGCUAUGUUCACUGAUAUCCAGUGAGUUUGCUUCCAUAACUGGUUUAAAAAAGGAUCUCUCUGAGCUCCAGGAUAUACAUACAAAGAUUAUGAGCUGGCUGUCUAUGGUUCGUGGCAGAACAAUAGACCAUGAAGCAUCUGGUCGAGGUGUGAUGAAAUUGAGAAGUCUUGCUAAUGAGAUUUAUGAUUUACUUGAUGAUGUCUACAUUCAAGAUGAGAAACACAAGGUAAAUAGCGACCAUGAUAAGCCUGCUAUAACUGACAACUUUUCUGCAAAACCGGAGUUGCUUCUGUUCCAACAGAAGGUAGCCCAUAAGAUCGAUGAAAUCAAGGUGACAUUUGAUACAAUUGUGAUGGAAAAUACACUACACAAUUUACAAGUGGAUCAAUCAGUUCAAAGCAGAAACAAGGAAACAUCAGAUCAUUCUUUGCUGAGAAAUGUUGAAGACUUAAAAAUACCAUCAAGGGAUCAUGUGAAGGGCAAUAUCAUAUCUAAGCUUGUACAAUCUAAUAAAGGAGAAUGUAAUCAUAUAGUUUCUAUUGUUGGGCUUGGUGGUUCUGGCAAGACUACUUUAGCCCAACAUAUCUGCCAUGAUGACAAGAUAAAGGAGCACUUCACAAAUACAAUAUUCUGGGUCCAUGUAUCACAAGAAUUUUGCAAGGAUAAACUCAUUGGGAAGUUAUUUGAAGCUGUCGUUGAGCAAAACUCUGGUGUCCAUGCCCAAGAUCAAAUGCUCCAUGCAAUUUCAAACAAAUUGGGCGGAAAGAAGUUUCUUCUUGUCUUGGAUGAUGCUUGGCACGAGGAUAGACAAGAAUGGGAAAAUUUCAAGGUUAUCCUAAAUAAUGGUGCCUGUGGAAGCAAGAUUCUUCUAACUACUCGUAACCAAAGUGUUGCGGAAGCUGUGGAAUCAGAGGAUGUAUUCAAAUUGCCGUUCUUCUUAGAGGAUGAGAGCUGGAGCUUAUUUCUAAACAGUUGUGGUUGGGUGGAACAAGAUUUGGAUUCUUCUUAUAUUCAAGUUGGAAAAGAUAUCGUGAAGAAAUGUGGUGGGGUGCCGCUAGCAAUAAAAACUCUUGGAUCUGUUCUCCAUGAAAAGAGAACAAUAAAUACUUGGAGAGCCAUAAGAGAGAAUAAUCUAUGGGAAGAAGAGAAUAUAGAAGGCAGAGUGUUUGCAUCCUUGACACUGAGUUAUAUUUACUUGAAAGAUCAUCUGAAGGAGUGCUUCACAUUUUGCUCCAUAUUCCCCAAAGGCUACAAAAUCAAUAAAGACUACUUGAUUGAACAAUGGAUUGCCCAUGGAUUCAUCAAGCUGAAGAAUGAAGAUCUAGCACAUGAUAUUGGAAAUGAAUACUUUGAUGCUCUUAUGAAAGCUGGAUUUCUUCAAAGCCCGGUUCAAACUUGGCCUGAAAAAAGUGUAGUAUGCGAGAUGCAUGACCUGAUUCAUGAUCUUACUCGUUAUAUUUUACAGUAUGAAGUGAUGACAUCUCUACCAAAGAACAUGACUACACAUAACUGGUCACAAAAAUGCAGAUAUUUGUCUUUGAUGUCUUGCAGUGAGAAGGUUGAGGGGGACCUAUUUGACAAAGUUCGUGCUGUAUAUGUCUCUGGAGGUAACCCAUCACUUGAUAACCAUGAGAUUUGCUAUAUCCGAAGUGUUGUUCUAGACUAUGUAAUUGAUACUCUAUUUCCACAAUUCAUACUGAAGUUGGAACAUCUUGGAUAUCUUGAAAUCCAUCAUCUUAGAUGCACCGAACUUCCAGAGGCUAUAUCAGGCUGUUGGAAUUUGCAGUCACUCCAUUUUAUUAGUUGCAAAGGUUUUGUGAUGUUACCUAUGUCUAUUGGCAAGCUUAAGAAGUUAAGAACUCUAGAGCUGAAUGAUAUUACUGAUCUUGAGAGUUUACCUGAGUCCAUUGGUGAUUGUCAAGAUCUUCAGUUCUUACAACUAAAUUACUGUGGAAAGCUCAGAGACAUACCAAGCUCCAUGGGUAGACUGGGGAACCUAAGGGUGCUUCAUAUACUCAGAUGUUCAUCUUUGCAACUUCCUUCAGAAUUCAAUGGUGAGUUAAGAAACUUGCAGACACUCAACUUACAUGCUUGUUUGGGUCUCCAAGACCUACCAAGCACAUUUGCCUGCCCGAUACUUCGUACUCUCCACCUUUCUGAAACCAAAGUUACUGUGCUUCCCCAAUGGGUUACAUCGAUUGGUACUCUAGAGCAUAUAGACCUUCAUAAUUGCAAGGAGCUGGUGGAGUUGCCUAAAGGUAUAGCUAACUUAAAAAAUCUUGAGGUUUUGAAUCUAGUGGGUUGCAGCAAACUACAAUGCAUGCCAUCAGGAUUUCGCCAGCUGACUCUUUUAAGACAUCUGGCCCUGUUUGCUGUUGGGUGUGGUAGAGAUGAUGCAAGAAUCUCAGAGCUUGAAAAUCUUGAUAUGAUAAGUGGAAAUAUGGAAAUUACCAACCUUAAAUACCUGAAGGAUCCAAGUGAGGCAGAAAAGGCCAUGUUGAAGCGGAAGAAUAUAUGGAGAUUGAAGUUGACCUGGUCUUCAAGUCAAACCGAAGAAGAGAUAGUAUCAGAUAUGGAACAAGAUCAGGGUGUGCUUAAUGCUCUUGAACCAUCAUCACAAAUUAAGGACUUGAAAAUCUGUGGUUACAGAGGCUCCAUUUUGCCAUGUUGGAUGACAAAACUAAAUGAUUCUUCUUUCUGUGCUGGUAUAGUGUUCAAACAGGCCAGUUUAUGUCAAUUCCUUUCUCUGACAGAAAUGACACUAGAAGAAUUUCCUCACUUGAAGUAUAUACGAGGACUUCAGGAAUUUCCUUCACUAAAGUUCCUCUCUCUGGUCAAAAUGCCAAACUUAGAGGAGCUGUGGACUACGACAACCAGUUUUGAAAUUCAAGGGGAAGAAUCAGAACCACAACACUGUUUUCCUGUCCUGUCUGAAGUUUGCAUUACAGGCUGCCCAAAAUUGAUUGUGAAGCCCUACUUCCCACCAUCGUUGGUGACAUUGUCUUUUGAAGAAAGCAACGAGCAGCUGCUAUCUCUAGGUAGCUUCUCCCAUCCACUUCCUCCACCUGCCAAUGAAUCUUCGUCUUCCUUCAAUGUACAUUCAGCAGCGCCUUGCCUUAGGGAACUACGACUAAGAAAAAUGAUGGGAUCAUCAUCUAACUGGGAACUCCUGCAGAGCCACACAGAACUGGAAACCUUGCACAUUGAAUGCUGCAAUGAUCUGAAACAAUUACCUGAUAACAUUCGAAACCUCACCUCCCUGAGGGUGUUGUGCAUACAAGGAUGCCUGAACCUUACAAUGCUUCCCGAGUGGCUAGGGGAACUGCGUUCUUUGCAAUUCCUGUUUUUCUUCAUGACACCAAUGCUUCACAGCCUCCCAGAAUCGACAAAGCACCUUACGUCCCUUACCUCAUUGCAAAUUUGUCGUUGGGACGAGAUGAAGCAGCUGCCUGACGUGAUUCAGCAUCUCACCUCCCUUGAAUUGCUCAACUUGGUGUUGUGUCAUGCUCUGACUGAGCUGCCGGAGUGGAUUGGACAGCUCUCAGCACUUCGUACUCUGAAGAUCCAGCUUUGCCCUGGCCUUCAAUGCCUGCCCCAGUCCUUACAGCGGCUUACUGCUCUCCGCGAAUUGCACAUCGGUGGCUGCCCUGGUUUGCUUAGUCGUUACAAGCAAGGAGUAGGCCCGGACUGGCAACUGAUCUCUCACAUUCCUAAUAUUCGCAUGUAUUAGGAGGCUGAAAGUCAGACACGCAAACGUUGCAGCAUCCAUUCCAACCAUUGAGCGUGUUACUUCUCGGUCCUCCCUGAUGGCUGGCAGUAGAGCAAAGUCGCAUAUGUCCUCUGUAAUUACACAUCUAUGUUAUUUAUAUAACAGUGAUCUUCAGCCUGAUGGAAAGCCAUUAGUGUCUGCUGCAACCUGAGUAUGUACCUGACUUCAGUUUCGAGGACUAAGAAGGAUCCGGAGUCCAGUCAGCUGGACUAUUCAGAAAAUUAUUGGUUUUGUUGUUUUGCAAGGAUUGCUACAUGUAUCGGCAAUCUUAUAUUCAUUCCAUUUGAUAAAUGGAUAUUAAUUAAACUUGUGAUAAGCUUACUCUGGUAAAUAGACCUAUGGUUAGAAAAGGACGUGUUUUUAAGUAAUUGUUCUUGUUCAGCCUGUACACUUUGUGUGUGUGUGUGUGUGUAUGUCCGCGCGCGCGCACAAAUGAUGAGCAUACUCUUGUGCUUUAUGUAAGUGGUGAUGAAAAUAGCAUGGUUCUACAGUUUAGCCUUGAGGUCAGGGUUGGAAAUUGGAUGUCUAAAAA